UUCCUCCCAACCGUAUAGCUCCAAACCCUGUUGAGUCGCCAGUCCUCGCCCUUAUCUGAAUUACCGCGGAUUCUAGCUGCGAAGAUAGAGGCCGAUCGGAAGAGAAAGAAAGCUUCGAUCUCGGCGGUGGAUCGAACGAAGAAGGAAAGGCACAAGAAGGCUGCGAAAAUGUCCUCGUCUAACAGGCAGGGUGGUGAGGUUAGGGCAUCGCACAUAUUGAUCAAGCACCAAGGUUCUAGACGGAAGGCUUCUUGGAAAGAUCCCGAAGGCCGUGUUAUCCAAAAUACCACCAGAGAUACCGCGGUUUCUCAGCUCAAGGCCUUCCGUGACGACAUCCUUUCCGGGAAGGCUAAGUUCGAAGAUGUUGCUUCUCGUUAUUCCGAUUGCAGCUCUGCCAAGCGAGGCGGUGAUCUUGGUCCUUUUGGUCGUGGCCAGAUGCAAAAACCUUUUGAAGAAGCAACUUAUGGACUUAAAGUUGGUGAGAUUAGUGACAUCGUGGAUACUGAUAGCGGAGUCCACAUUAUCAUGAGAACAGGUUGAGAACACGGAGUUCUUUUUAGAGGCUCAUUUCUUGUUUGGGAGAACAUUAAUUUGAAGAUUUGUGUGAUUCUUGUUCAUCUUACUUGUCAUUAACUUUUGAUGUUUUUAAACUUCGCUGAGCCAUGCGCUUGAGUGAUAAUACACUGAUACUGCAUUUAUAAACUUGGAGGUGUAUGCUUGUAAUUUGAAUGUCGAGUGACGACAAUGAAACAAGGUUUUGGAAUUA